AUCAUUCCAUCGUCCAAAUUCUAUACACUCCUUCGUGCCGAAGGAUUUUGAAAUAUUUCUUCAAGUCAUUACGAUCACAACAAUCUGCUUCGAUACUACGCUAUCGCCUCAGUGCGUGUUCGAGGUUUUUACAAAGUUGAGGACUUGGCUAAAGGGUUUUUGCUUACACAAUGAAAUAAAGACGACUGAACUCCAAAUUUGCACUUAGGAGGUGUAAAGGGUGGAGUAAUCACUCUGAAGAUCGGAUCAGUCAGUUACCGGAUGAAAUUCUUAUUUGCAUCCUCUCUUGCUUGCCAAUGAAAGAGGCGGCAAGAACUAGUGUAGUCUCAAGUAGAUGGAAAGUGUUGUGGACAUAUACAACUGGUACUUUUAAUUUUGAGGCUUUGAAGUUAUUGUGGAAAGUUCGAAGGAAAGCUCGAAGGAAAGGAAAUUGGAAAAUAUUAGGGGUGGAGAGGGCCAACUAUAUAAGUUGGGUGAAUCAGGUCUUGAAGUCACCCAAGGGUGCAACCCUGGAUGAAUUCAGAAUUCACUUUGAUUUGGAUUCUAGUUCUACAUCUGAUAUUGAUAAUUGGGUUCACUUUGCAAUGGAGAAGAGAGUUCAAAGGCUUGAGUUGAAUCUUAAACGAUUACAAGGUAAUUUGCCGGAAGGGCGUUACAAUUUAUCAUCUAUGCGGUCACUGGAUUUUUCGAGACUUGAAUCACUAACUGCAAUCCGUUUCACGUAUGUGGAUGUGACGGCAGAAUGCCUUGAAUGUUUUUUAUCAAGCUGUCCAUUUCUUGAAGAAGUAUCUGUUGAUAACUCGACUUGUCUAGUCAAUCUUAAAGUUUAUGGUCAAUCGCUCAAGUAUUUGAAAUUAGCGUACUGUUGGUUUUUGGAAGACAUUGAGAUUUCUGCGAAAAGUCUGGUGUCACUUGAAUAUUUUGGUCACCAAAUAAACUUGUGUCUCAAGAGUGCAUGCCAUCUUUCUAAACUAUACCUGGGGGGUCAGUUUUGCAAAUUUAUGAAAUUUUCCCAGUUUUCAAGCUAUAUCUCUCAGCUGCAGAAACUUGUAUUGAAGUUGGAUUACGAGGUAUUUGAUAACUUCCCCAAAUUUCCCGAAUUAAGGAAUCUAAAGCAUUUGACAUUGAAGGUGGUUUCAAACCGUAUCAGGAGCUUCCUUCCUUGCAUUUCCCUCAUAGAGGCAGCUCCUUGUUUGUAUAGAUUUUGUCUCGAGGUUGCAGAGGUGUUGGUGAGAAGAGGUCUAUCGGAUGCUGUGUUCUUGGUGACUUUAGUUCUAAAGUUUCUUUCAACCAGAUUGGGGACAUUACUGCUUUGUGGGUUUCUUUGCUUUGAUUGGAAAUGGCCAUUUAUUCACAAAUUCUCUGAAAUUUCCUUGGAGAAGAGGGAAAAUGUUCUACAGAAAUGGUCGAAGAAGAGUUUUUUCACUCUCCUAAGAGUAGUGUUUUUGGUUAUCAAAAUCUUCUGUUUAUACACCUUUUACUCUUGGACUGAUGAGAACUCGAAAAACCCAGCAUGGGAAGCAAUGGGAUACCAGGUAGACACUCGAGAAAAACUGGCCAAAACCCGAAAGGAGAGACCUCUGGAAAAGGGAAUUAUCGAAACUAUGAAUCAAAAUGAGUCGACACUAGUACAAUCUCUAAUCCAGAAAGGCUUGGAAGUCACGGAAGAUCCAAGUAAUAACACUUACAAGAUCAAAUGUGAUGUAGUGAUUGUUGGUUCUGGUUGUGGGGGAGGCGUUGCAGCUGCAGUUCUUGCCAGCUCUGGACAGAAAGUGCUCAUCCUGGAGAAAGGGAAUUACUUUGUGCCUGAAGAUUAUUCUGGUCUGGAAGGCCCCUCAUUGAAUGAACUAUACGAGUCGGGAGGAUUUGUAUCAACUGUUGAUGGAAAAGUACUGAUCAUGGCAGGAUCAACCGUUGGGGGAGGCUCUGCUGUUAAUUGGUCCGCAGCCAUCAGAACCCCAGAUUCUCUUCUUAGGCAGUGGAGUGUGGAUCAAAAGAUCCCCGUCUUUGGAAGCUCUGAUUAUCUAUCCGCCAUGGAUGUUGUGUGUAAAAAGAUUGCUGUCAUGGAAGGUUGUACGGAGGAAGGGUUUCAAAAUCAAGUACUCCGGAAAGGGUGUGAGAAUCUUGGUUUAAAAGUUGUGCCGGUUCCAAGGAAUUCCUCGGAGAAUCAUUACUGUGGUUCUUGCGCUUAUGGUUGUAAAACAGGAGACAAGAAAGGGACCGAUUCCACUUGGCUAGUCGACGCUGUUGGCAACGGUGCAGUGAUAUUAACCGGAUGCAAAGCAGAGAGAUUCAUAUUGGAGAAUGGCAAUUAUGGAACAAGAAAAAGAUGCUUAGGAGUCAUUGCAACUGCCUUGAACAAUAAUAUCACAAAGAAGCUGCAUAUUGAAGCAAGAGUGACAGUUUCAGCAUGUGGCUCGCUGUUGACACCUCCACUGAUGAUUUCCAGUGGCUUGGAGAAUCAUAAUAUUGGCAAAAACCUCCAUCUCCACCCUGUUCUGAUGGCCUGGGGGUACUUUCCGGAAUCUACAUCACAAAUCAAAGGCAAGAGCUACGAGGGAGGAAUCAUUACUUCACUCCAUAAGGUGGUUUCUGAGGAAUCCAAUGUCACCGCUAUUGUAGAAGCUGCUGCACUAGGACCUGCUUCAUUUGCUGCAUUGUUUCCAUGGGUUUCAGGGCUUGACAUGAAGGAAAAGAUGGCAAGGUAUUCAAGAACUGCUCACCUUUUUGCGUUGGUUAGAGAUCAAGGUUCGGGGGAAGUGAAGGUGGAGGGUAGGAUCAAAUAUCGAUUAGAUCGUCUUGACAGAGAAAAUCUUAGGACAGGGUUAAGGCAGGCUUUGAGGAUUUUAAUUGGGGCAGGAGCUGUUGAAGUGGGCACCCAUCGGAGUGAUGGACAGAGAAUCAAAUGCAAAGGGAUGACGGAUAAAGAUUUGGAGUUGUUCUUGGACAAAGUUACAGCAGUUGGAGGGGCAAUGUCGAAGGGUGAAUACUGGACCACUUAUGGCUCUGCGCAUCAGAUGGGUAGUUGUAGGAUGGGUGCUAAUGAGGAAGAUGGUGCAGUUGAUGAAAAUGGGGAAAGUUGGGAAGCGAAAGGAUUAUAUGUUUGUGAUGCAAGUGUUCUGCCUAGCGCUGUUGGGGUCAAUCCAAUGAUUACCAUCCAAUCCACUGCUUAUUGCAUCUCAAAGAGAAUUGCAGAGUUCUUGAAGAAGAAUAAGUUAGUGGCAAAUGACUGAUUGGCGCGAUGGGAUGCCCCUAUUCUUUCAUUUACAACCUUAAUGUCAAGAGUGCAAGUCAUUUCAGAUGCCUAGGAAGAAAAACAAAGAAGAUGACUGAUUCUUCUCAUUUUCUAUAUACCCUUUCUGUAUCUUUUUUUCUACUAAAAAUAUGAUGCUACAGAACUUUGUAAUAAGAAAAUCGAUAUGAUGAUGUAUCAAAUAAUUCUUUUUAUUAUCA